AUGUCGCGCUUCUACACGGCCAAGGAGGUGCGAGAGCACGCCUUCCACGACGACGCGUACGUCUCCCUGAAUGGCAAAGUGCUCGACCUCACGCCGCUCAUCGCCGCCUACAAGGAAAUGCCGAAGUUUGCACACCUCGCGAAGCCGCUGGUGCAGGUGGCCGGUACCGACAUCUCACACUGGUGGGAUGCUGAAGCCAAUGACCUGCGGUCGUGUGUAGAUGUGAACAGCGGUAUGCGCACUUACGCGAUGCCGCUGGGCCGCGUGCCACACAUGCCUACCAUCUACCCCGACUCCAACAUUGACCUCAACUACGAUAUUCCGUGGUGGAAAGACCCGCAGUAUAUCAUCGGAGCCCUGACAAGCCGCACGCGUCGCAUUCGCAUUGUGAACACGCUCACCGGCGACGAGACGACGCUGGAUGUGUGUGCGGAGGAAACCCUAGAAGAGCUCCUACGUGAGCGCUACCUCUCCAUUAAUGCGCACGCGCGCAGUUAUACGUGGGUGCGGCUAGACCCCGACCCGCGCGAGCUCGACAUGUCCCGCACACUCGAGGACAACGGCAUCCAUGACGAGGCGGACUCUUUCGAGGACUUGGGACUGAACGCAGACUACUACAUCCCUGCCAUUCACCUGUACUAUAACGAUGACCUGACGGAAGCAUAA